UGACCCUGGCAAGCAAUGAGAGAAUCCCUCUGAACCCAACGAUGCGGCUCGUCUUUGAGAUCAGCCACCUGCACACAGCCACCCCAGCGACCGUGUCCAGAGCGGGGAUCCUGUACAUCAACCCGUCAGAUCUGGGCUGGAAUCCCCCCGUGAGCAGCUGGAUUGACAGGCGAGAGAUCCAGUCCGAAAGAGCCAACCUGACCAUUUUGUUUGAUAAGUAUUUGCCGACUUGCCUGGACACCCUCAGAACAAGAUUUAAGAAGAUUAUUCCCAUUCCUGAGCAGAGUAUGGUUCAGAUGCUGUGCUAUCUCCUUGAGUGUCUCCUGACGGAGGAGAACACACCUCCUGACUGUCCCAAGGAGCUUUAUGAACUUUACUUUGUCUUUGCUGCUGUCUGGGCCUUUGGUGGAUCAAUGUUUCAAGACCAGCUUGUGGACUACAGAGUGAACUUCAGCAAGUGGUGGGUGGCAGAAUUCAAGACUAUCAAGUUUCCCUCUCAGGGCACGGUCUUUGACUUUUACAUUGAUCCAGAAACGAAGAAAUUUGAGCCUUGGUCUAAACUUGUUCCUCAGUUUGAAUUUGAUCCAGAAAUGCCAUUACAGGCUUGCCUGGUGCCCACCACCGAGACGGUCCGCGUGCGGUACUUCAUGGACAGGCUCCUGGAGCGCCAGCGCCCGGUGAUGCUGGUGGGCAACGCCGGCACGGGGAAGUCUGUGCUGGUGGGGGACAAGCUCUCCUCACUGGACACGGAUGCGUAUGUGGUGAAAAAGGUCCCAUUUAACUACUACACCACCUCUGCCAUGCUGCAAGGUAAGGCAACGGCUGAGCCACGGGACCUCUGGCUGGCAGGUUACCAAAUUCCCAGGGCAUCCAGCGAGGAUUGGAGUGGGACGUGCACUGUGGCGCUCCGGGGAAGACCUGUGGGUGCCCUGCCUGUGUCGUUUGUGGGCACCGCACUGACACCUGCGGGCUCUUAA